GGAUAUGACUUGGAAACAAAAAAUCUAGAAGAAAAAAUACAAUGUUUGUUGCUCGCCGUCUUCAUCUUUCCUGCAAAUAUGGUGCUGCAAAUAUUCUCAGAGGGAAAAGGGUUCAAUCAUUCAAUUACAGUAAAUCAACAAAACGGAGCAGUGGAAAGACAUAUGUUAACCCUCAGCUGCUUAUAGGAACUCAAACUUAUCCACGCUCACGUCUUCGUUAUGCUGCUCCAGCUCUUGUGCUUGGGUUUACUGGAUUCAUCGGGUUUCUUCAUUACAACGACGAAAGGAGAGCUGUUCCUAAAGGUAUAACAAGCAGCAAUAGCGGUUGUGGUUGUGGUUCUAAUACAACUGUCAAAGGUCCGAUCAUCGGAGGUCCAUUCACGCUUAUGAGUACACAAAACAAGAUUGUCACUGAGAAAGAGUUUUGUGGUCAAUGGGUUCUGCUCUACUUUGGAUACUCGUUUUCCCCCGAUGUUGGACCCGAGCAGUUGAAAAUGAUGUCCACAGCAGUUCAUCGACUAGAGUCUAAUCAUGACCAGAAGAUUCUCCCUGUCUUUGUCACUCUUGACCCUCUACGAGAUACACCUUUUCAUCUCCAUGCCUACUUGAAAGAAUUUGACAGUAGGAUACUUGGACUGACUGGAUCUGCAAGUGCAAUUAGGCAAAUGGCGCAAGAGUAUCGUGUUUAUUUCAAGAAGGUCCAAGAAGAUGGUGACGAUUAUCUCGUUGGUACUUGUCACAACAUGUACUUGUUGAAUCCGAAGAUGGAGGUUGUCAGAUGCUUUGGGGUUGAGUAUAAUCCAGCUGACCUCUCACGAGAGGUUCUUAAAGAAGUUACUUCCGUUUCAUAGUGACACAUUUUGAGAAAACCCAAAGAGAGCUGUUCACAGAAAGAAACCUCUAAAAUAUUUUGAAUAUUUUGGUCGGUCGAACUUUUGUUGUCUCCGUUUCUCUAGAGAAUAACGAUUUUUUAAUGGUUACUGAUUUAGUGUCUUUUAUAAGUUUUAAUAAAUUAAUAUGAAGUUUUACUAAAUUAAUUGAUAAACAAAUUAGAAGUUUAGAACGUUGACCAUAUACCAUGAAAGAUAAUUUAACAUACAUUAAUACAAAUGUAGAAUAUAGUUAGAAAUUUUAAAACAACAUUAAAGAGUAAAGACUUCAGAUUAUAGAACAUUUACCGAAAAACUCAAUAUUUUUCGUACAAGUUUACACAUAAAUUUUGAAAAAAAUAAAAAUUAUGACGAUAUUUGUUUAAUUCAUAGUUGCAUCAUGCACUAAUAUAUGAUGAUGGUCAAAGAGGUUUGAAACUUUUGUUGUCUACGUUUUCUCUACAAAAUAGAGAUUUUGUAGUGGCUAGUCCAAUAAUUUAUUGACUAUAUGAAGUUUUACUUAAUUAAUUGAGAAAAAUUAGAACGGUGUCCAUGUACCAUGAAACAUAGUUUAACAUAAUUAAUACAAAUAUAGAAUGUGAUUAGAAAUUUUAAAACAACACUGAAGUAUAUGUUUCAGAAUAUAAAGUAUUUACAGAAAACUCAAUAUUUUCA